CAGUUUAAUUACAAAAUGAUGCACUGACUAAAUCCUGUUAAAUAAUUUCUAUAGGAUUUUCAAUACCUUGACUCAAGUAAAAAAAUUUAAUUAAAUUAGUCAAAUACACAAUUGAUGUUGUUAUGAAUUUCCUUAACCAAAUACAUAUAUAGACGACGCAGGUAAAAUCCCAAAAAGGAAAAAAAAAGAAUAUAUUUCUUUAAAUUGCUUUCAUCCUCGCCUAUAUAUACAGCAUAUCAUCUGUAUAUAUCUUUCACAAACGCCUUCUUCUCAUCGUUUCAGUUCAUUCCUUUGCAGAGUGCGUUUGUAAACAAAUAUAUAAAGAAAUAAUGUUCUCAAGAGAAGUUGCUCGCACUGUAGUUGGUAUUAUAGGGAACAUCAUUUCAUUCGUAUUGUUUUUGUCCCCUCUGCCAACAUUUUACGGAAUAUGGAAGAAAAAAGCAGUGGAGCAGUACUCACCAGUACCGUACCUAGCCACAUUUGUGAACUGUGGGCUAUGGGUACUAUAUGGACUGCCUAUGGUACACCCUCACAGCACACUUGUGGUUACCAUUAAUGGGACAGGUUUUGUGAUUGAGAUUAUUUAUCUAUCAAUAUUUCUGAUAUUCUCCGAUUACAAGAAAAGGGUUAAGAUAGUGGUGGUUGUGGUGGCGGAGUGCAUUUUCUUGGCCGUUUUGGCCCUUCUUGUUUUAACUUUGGUCCACGAUACCAAAAUUCGCUCCACCAUCGUCGGUAGCAUUUGCAUUGCCGGUAAUGUUAUCAUGUACGCAUCUCCACUUUCAGUCAUGAAACUGGUGAUAAAGACAAGAAGCGUAGAGUAUAUGCCAUUUUAUCUUUCCGUUUUCUCAUUUCUCAAUGGCGUUUGCUGGACUUCUUAUGCUCUUAUCCGUUUCGACCCUUUCGUUGCGGCACCAAACGGGAUAGGAUCAUUAUUUGGGUUGGCCCAAUUAUUACUGUAUGCCACAUUUUAUAGAUCCACAAAGAAAAUGAUGGCCGAAAGAAAAGCCCAAGGAGAGGUUGGACUCUCAGUAAAACCAGCACCCCACACUAAUAUUCAAGAUGGAGUUUAGUAACUCGGCAAUUUCAAUCUUAAUCUUUCUGUCUUUGUUUUAAAAAAAAAAAAAAUUGUGUACCAAACAUGAAAUGUUUCAUAGUUUGCGAGUGUAUUCAUAUUAUGAAUAUAGUUAGGUAAUAAAGUAUGAUAAUUAGAUCAUCUAUGAUCUAUUGGUUUAUCACUAUAACAUCGAGAUAUUAUAUGAUCUAUUGUUGUAUCACCGUAACAUCGACAUAUUUCACACUUAAAUUGACAAGUAUAAUCUAUAUGUUUAAUACUUUUUGAGUAUGAUGUAGGUUUGACCUAUGCGUUCGCAAAUCUAAUGCAUUUG